AUUUGGCCAUAGGGUGGCGCUGUGUUCCCUCUUAUACACGGUGAGCGGCAGCGGGAAGAGCGGAGUCCGGUCGGUGAGGUAACUUGCAGAAUGAAGAGAAGCUCCAGUAAGAAGAAGGACUCCCGCUCUUCAUGGGUGGAGGUGUCAGGAGAGCGGGGAAUGGAGAGAGCCGGGCACAGAAUGUCGCCCAGGGUGAAGAGAAGAGAAGACACACGAGCUCCAGUGAUGACUGACACGUCGCCUGUGAUUCCUGUCCUAUGUCUGCCUAAAGUCCUGCUGGAGGAGGGUGGCAGAGCAGCCAAGCGCGGCAACCCAAAUUCUAAUGAUCAUGACAUGGUGGAUGUGAAGAAAAGUAGAAAGAAGAAAAAUACAAAGCUACUGGCUAAACAAGAUGUGAAAAGAAAUGACCAGAUGCCCCCGCGUAUUGAGAGAAGUAUUAAUGAUAUAUAUCCAGCUGAGUCAGGUAGCCUGAAUUCUAAUAUUCCUGCCCAACCUGACAAGGUUUCUGUAAGGAAAAGGCUAUUUGUAUCAGCAUCAAAGAAGAAAGAAUCACAACCACUGGUUAAACUAGAUGUGAAAAGAAAUGACCGAAUGCAUCAGCUUAUUGAGAAAAAUAAUAAUGUUAAAUGUCCAGCAGCAUCAGGUAGCCGAAAGUUUGAUAUUCCUGACCAACAUGACAAAGUUCCUGAAAAGAGGAGAUUCACAUCUACAUCGAAGAAGCAAAAGAACCAAGAAAUUGUAAUGGACCUUAUUAAACAGAAUGUGCUUGAAAAUGAACGGCUUAGACUGAAGUUUCAACAGCACAGCAAGAAAGAUAGUGAAUAGGGCUGCUGGCUGACAAAAGAAGAUUCUUGAAAAAUUAAGUGUUAUUUUGUUUAGUUCUGGAGAAGGAACACAUUUAACUUUUGAACAGAUGUUUUCUGCAACUAAAUUUUUUCCAUUUCGUAGCUACCAUGCUUUUUGGCAUCAUUGUGUGUUUUUUCUGGAUCAGAUAAAGUGGAAGUCUUAGCUUUCUUUAACCAUACAUAAAACAUUUCUUUAGCCAUACAUAAAACAAUAUAUAUAAUUUAAAUCGCUCCACUGUCAACAUAUAGCAUAUCAUCACCUUCACUGUCAUUUCUGCAACAUCUUGGAGGAAUGCCCUGAUAAGGCUUAAAUGGAUUAUUAUUAGUUAUAUUUAUUUUGUGCCUUAUAGCAGAACUAUAAUCCUUUCUAGCUGUAUCUUUAUUAUAAGUAAAAUUGCAGCUUAUACUGCUGUUUUAUGUUUCAAUGUUCACUGAAUUUUUGAAGGUAUCGUAAUAAAUACGAAAGUUUCACUCUUCUA